AUGGCGAGCGUCGCUCCCGAGGAUGAUCACCAGGCAGCCUAUAUUUUCGCGCCUUCUGAUGGACGGGGGCCCAAUGGUGUAGCCUCGGUGACCCCUGCUGCCGCUCGCCCACCCAAGAAGCGAAAGCUGGUGGCUUCUGGCAGCAAGUCCAGGUCGACGGCCCGCGGCCAGGCGGCGACGUCGGCCGACUGGUCGAGGGACCAGCGGCGUUCCGCCACCGCCGCCACCUUUGUGCCUCUCCUGGGCGGCGCCGAGCGGCCCGCCUGUGUCCGCGCCCGUGCGGACCUCUUCGACCUCGCCUGGGGACGGACAGACGCGGCCAUCCAGCGCGUCUUGCGCGAGGCCAACGCGUCGACCCUCGAGGGCGUCUGUUCCUUCGUGAAGCAGGCCGACGCCCAGAGGUCCAAGAUGCCGGCCGCCUUCAUCGUCACCGGCCCCGACCUGUCGUCCCAGGACCUGCUCUUCUCCCAGCUCGGCGAGAGGCUCGCCGAGGCGGAGCCGGCCAGGUUCGUGCGCGUCAGCUCCGCCGAGGCCACGAACCUGAAGUCAGCACUCAAGAAGAUCAUCCGCGACGUCACCAGCCGCCCGUCGGAUGCCACGCCCGACGAGCAUCUCGAGGACCUGGCGCCUCCUGCGGGCGGGCCCGCCACCCGCCGCAAGUACCUGGACUACGACCUGGAGGCGCUGCACGUCUUCCUCCGUGCCAAGGGCUCGCGGCGCGUCUUUGUCGCCUUCGAGGACAGCGAGGCUCUAGACAGCAGCCUGCUAUCCGACCUCAUCACCCUGUUCGCGUCGUGGCGCGACCGCAUCCACUUCACUCUUCUCUUCCGCAUCGGAACCUCGGUCGAGCUCUUCCAGGCGCGCCUGCCGAGGUCGACGUACCAGCACCUCUACGGCUGCCAGUUCGACGUGGCACACGCCUCGGCCAUCACAGACAAGAUCCUGCGCGCAUACCUUGAGCACGCCGACUGCGGCCCCGUGCUCGGGCCCGACUUUCUAGCUACCCAGCUGGUACGGCAGCGCGAGCAGGUCGCCGGCAUCCAGAUGCUCAUCAGCUCGAUCAAGUUUGCAUAUAUGUGCCACUUCUAUGCGAACCCGCUCAGUCUUCUCUCUUGCCAGCAGGAGAACGGAGCACCCGACUGGGGAGAACUGAUUCAACCGGAGCACUUCGACGCCAUCCGCCACUUGGCGUCCUUCCGCGCGGAGGUAGAGUCAUGCGUCAAAAUCGGGGGUCGUCUGGAUCACGCCCGCGCACUGCUUGAGGACGAAAACUACAUGUGCUUCGAGAUACAAAGUCAACUGAGACACCGGCGCAAAUGGGCGCAGAAGCUGGGCCUGUGUUUGGGCCUGCUCGUGGACAGCGGGGCGACAUCGACAUCCUUCACCUCGCUCUACACAUAUUCCGUUUCCGACGGCUUGGACCUGUCGGCCAAGGCUGUUGGGGUUGUCGAUGGCAUCAGGCGAAUGCAGGCCAACAAUCUGGCCGUCGUUGUCGAGAAGAUGAUAUCGCUGAUUGGGCUAGAGACCAGGAAGAGUGAUCCUAGAAGCAUACGGGGCCGAUCGGGAAGGUCGGAUAUUGCCAAAGAGAUGUCUGACCGGCUAGGUGGCGUACUAGCCCAAGUCCUCGACGGUAUACGCAGCCUGCAACAGAGGGUUGAAACCAACGGCACCAGCCUGCGGAGCAAGUACCACACGCAGAGCAGGGUAUUACGGACCACAGUGGUUGCGCAGAAAGUGCAGCUGAGCCGCGACACCGCCGCCCUCAGCGAGGAUGACAAGGAGUUCAGCAAGCUCGUGGACACCCUCGUAGACGCGCUGACGGAAAACCUGGCGUGCGAGGCCCCCGAAGAGGUUUUCCUACAUGAGACCUGGCUCUAUGACGACGAAUCACCGCACCGAGACGUCUUCGUCCCCGCCCCAGGUGCUGCGCUGGAGAGAGCCCUCGCUCGACCACACGACUACCUCGCUUGCUCGUGCUGCAGCAGCACGCCUGCCGGCGGGCUUGCCUCGACACUGCCGGCCACAUCGAUCUUAUACCACCUCUACAAGGAAGCCGGGCCUUUGGUGAAUGUGGCGGAUCUGUGGACCGCGUUCAGCGCCAUGGUCGUUGCCGACGACGGCACCGCUGGCGAGGAUGAUGAGAGUGGUGAUAACAAGCGCGGAGCGGCCGAGGGUUGCGACGAGCGCACGGCACUGGUGCUGUUCUACAGGGGCCUUGCUGAACUGCGCAGCAUGGGCUUUGUCCAGCCGACAAGAAAGAAGGAAGACCACAUCGCCAAAGUCAAGUGGAUGUAG